AUGCAACAAGACAGUCCUCGUCAAGUUUUGAAUGCAAAUUGUAAUUAUUCAAGCUCAACUGUUGUGAGUAGAAGGAAGGGAAGGGGAACGUCUGGAAAAUGUAGUGGAAUGAUGGAGAGUCAUCAUUUGGUUUCGAAUAAUAAUCCAUGGUUGAGGUUUCAUUCUUAUGAUCCAGUUGAACAUGAAGAAAAGAAGAGAAAGUUGAGAGAAUACUCAAAACGAAACGCAUACAAGGGUUUACACUUUAGACCAAGCAAGUAUAAUCAAGAGGUAGUUAAAUUUUCAGUACAAGCUCCUAACAUGUUGAGUGAGCAGAAUCUAACAGAAAGGUCUGUAUUAAAAGUUGAUGAGAAGGCAUGUAGUGCACAUCAAGUGAUCACCAACUCAAAGAUACCACUCACUCAUUUUCAAGUUUCUUCCAUUAUUCAGUUGGAAUCGAAUAGCUUAAUUUCAACAACAAACAACAUCCAAGCACCAACCGCCUCCAAAUCAACAUGCAUUCAAUUCACCCAUCAAAACUCUAGAAACGUUCUUCCCUCCAUAAAUGAAAUACUAUCUCUCUCCAAAAUUCAAAAAGCACCACACAAAAUGAUUCACAACUCAUCUCUCCAAAUCAUCCAACAAAACUCAAUCAAUUCUGACAAUUUUCAAUUGGAAAAUCUAACUCUUGCACCAAUCAACAUGUACUUCUAA